AGCCCAGAUGGCCGUAUAGAAGUGAAAGGGCAGCAUGGAAAAUCGUCGCUGCAUAUUAAAGAUGUGAAGUUGUCAGAUUCAGGGAGAUAUGACUGUGAAGCUGCAAGUAGAAUUGGUGGGCACCAAAAGAGCAUGUACCUUGAUAUUGAAUAUGCUCCAACAUUUGUGUCAAAUCAAACCAUGUAUUACUCUUGGGAAGGCAAUCCCAUCAAUAUAAGCUGUGAGGUGCUAGCAAAUCCGUCUGCCUCAGUUCAGUGGAGAAGAGGAAAAUUAGUUUUACCAGUAAAAAAUACAACACAUCUGAAGACCUACAGUGCAGGAAGAAAGCUGAUUCUAGAGAUUGCUCCCACAUCUGACAGUGAUUUUGGACGGUAUAAUUGUACAGCCACAAACAGAAUAGGAACAAGAUAUCAGGAGUAUACACUUGGUCAAGCUGAUGUGCCAUCAAAUCCUUAUGGAGUACGAGUUUUAGAGGUGUCACAAACUACUGCCAAAGUUUUGUUCAAUAAGCCUGAUUCACAUGGAGGUGUGCCCAUUCAUCAUUAUCAAGUGGAUAUAAAAGAGGUAGCCUCAGAAACCUGGAAAACAGUUCGCUCCCAGGGAGUUCAAACAAUGGUUGUUCUCAGCAAUUUGGAACCAAAUACAACAUACGAAAUCAAAGUAGCCGCUGUAAAUGGAAAAGGGCAAGGAGAGUACAGCAAAAUCGAGAUCUUUCAGACCUUACCUGUCCGGGAGCCAAGCCCCCCUUCAAUUCAUGGACAACCAGAAAGUGGCAAGAGUUUUAAACUUAGCAUAACUAAACAAGAUGACGGAGGUGCCCCCAUUUUGGAAUACAUUGUCAAAUACAGGAGUAAAGAUAAGGAAGACCAGUGGCUAGAGAAAAAAGUGCAGGGUAGUAGAGACCACAUCAUCUUAGAGCAUCUUCAGUGGACCAUGGGUUACGAAGUACAAAUUACAGCUGCCAACAGACUGGGUUAUUCUGAACCAACAUUGUAUGAAUUCAGUAUGCCGCCAAAGCCCAACAUUAUUACAGGUACAUGCUGUGAAGCUAUUAGACAUGAAAAUGGAGGCCAGUCCCUGCAGCUGAAUGCUGCUGGUUUCUCUUUCAUUGUAGUCAUGUGUUUCUGGUGCAUGUUUUGA